AUGAGGGCCUGUCAGUUUGGGACGAACAGAUAUAAUGCUAGAAAUCAGGCUAAGUGGAAUCAGAAUAGGUAUGGGCAAAAUGAUUACAGAAAAAGACAUAGUAAUAACAUGAAAAGAGCACCGGAAAUUGAUAAGAGACCAUUUGAUAAACAGUUUUGGCAGCAAGUCAGUGAGAAGGCUAUGAGCACAGAUAAUUCUAGACACAUUAGUAAUGAAGAUUCAGAGGUUAGUGGGGAGAUAAUGAAUAAUUUGUUUAGGCAGGAAGAAAGUGAUGUGAGGGGGGAUGUAGAAUGUCAAUCAAGUACUGAGGUUGUAGAAUUAGAAGAAGUAGAGUGUGAUGUUGAUGUGAGAAGUCGUGCCGAAGUAGCUAAGAUUAAUGAAGUUGAGUCAAAUGGCGAGAUGUUACAUGAUGCUGAGGAAGAGGCAGUUGAUGAUAGUGAUGAUAUAGAAUACAGAAGUGAGAUAAGAGUAUUUGUUGUGAUUAAGAAUGAUGCAGAUGCAGUUAUGAAGGAGGAGGGUAAUAGUGUUAGAGAAAAUAAUCAUUCAGUACAAGAGGAUCAGGCUGCAGUCAUAUGGGUUAAUACAUCACCAGUAAUCGAGGGGAUAGACAGGGAUGACAUUAAUAUUGCGAAUGAAGAGAAGGUAAUUAUUAACUUAGGAAACCAGGGACAAGAGUUCAUUUGUAGAUUGUGGGACAGCCUUAAUGAGGCUAAUAAACAUAAUAUGUUUUGGAUACAAUUGUUAUCCAUCUGCGAGAAGGAAAAUUACCAUGAUAUAAUUUGACAGAUGAGGCGAUUAAGGGGACAAAUUCAAGAGGAGAAGACCAGCAGAAAGAGACGAGAAGACAACUAUUGAAGAUUACAUUAAUUACAUAAAAAAACAGUGGUUCGUUGCUUUGCGUAUCUAUCGAGAUAUCUUGCAAAAUACUUUUGCAUGAAAUCUCGAGGUGUGUGUGUAAUGUAACGGACUACUGAAGAGUGCGACACCAUCCUUAUAGUCACAGGGUCAGUGCUCCAAUUUCAUUUCUAUGAUUUUUUUAUUUAAUAUUAUUGUAUGUAGUAUUU